UAGCCCUUAUAUUUUUUCCAGCUAUAUUUUGGCUUUUUUUGGGUUUGUCUAAACCAACUCCACCUUACUUGUUUUACAAAUUUCUUCCUCCCACUUUAUACUGCAGAAAAAAUUAAAAUAAACUGCCCCAUUUUCUACCCACAAACAGUACCUAAACUACCAUUUUGUCACCCUUAUAAGAGGUAGGUACCACUAAAACUACUCUUAAGUCUUAACCCCCAACACUUUAUUCCAUUUUCUUCUCAUUUGCAGGAAAUUAUGGAAACACUGAGAACUCCUCUUCUCAAUUGGCCUUACUACUAUCAAGGCAAGAGUAUAGAAGAGCUAAAGCAUUCAUUGAUAUGCACAACACUGGAGCUAGAAACAACAAAAUUAGCAGCUCAAGAAGAGAUUAGGAAGAGGGAAGAACAAUUAACCCAUCUUCAAGAAUUGCUUAACAAAGCAAUUACUGAAAAGAAUGAAGCUCAAGAAAAUUGCAAAACCCUUCUCCUUGAAAAACUCUACAUCCAACAACAACAACAAAUGGUUCCGCCUCAAGUACACUCAGGAUCAUCUUCAAGCAUUGAAGAUGAGCCUACAACAGCAACAACAACAACAACAACAAAAAGAGUGUUUUCCAAGAACAACAACAACAACAACAACAACAAUGGAGGUAAUUUCUCGUCUUCAGAUGGUGAAGAGAGCAUAAUCUCUUCACCAUCAUCGCCAUUGCCAUUGCCAUUGCCACUGCAACCUUCACCAUCUGCUUUGUCGGAAACUGCCCUGACUCUGUUAACACCCAAGAAGCCGUUACCCGAAAAGGGGAAACUCUUACAGGCUGUGAUAAAAGCAGGACCAUUACUUCAGACUCUGCUCUUAGCAGGACCAUUGCCUCAGUGGAGACACCCGCCACCGCCUUUGGAGAAUUUCGACAUUCCUCCGGUGACGAUACCGGCUGCUGCAGUCACUCAGCCAGAGUUGGUUCAUCAACAAGAGUUUCUUCCUAAUGUUUGUGGCAAUGUUAACAGAAAAAGAGGAUUUUCUGAUGGUUUUUCUUCUGAGGCUAGUAAGUACCAAAGGGUACUUCUUCAUUAGUACUAAAUCUACUAAUUAUGAUUUUUAUGACAGUAAUUUUUUAGCAACAAAUGCAGCUACUAAGAGCUAGAUUUGUGGGGUUUUUUACUUUUUAGUAUAUUUUUUGCCAAUUAUUUGGUGAAGGAAGAAGUGGUUAAUCACAAUCACACUCCUUAAUUUAGUAGAUUAUUAGGAAAAACACUUGUUUACUAAGAGUAGUUUCAGUGCUAAGUUUGAUCAGUUUUUUCUUGAAGCUUGUUAGAGAUAUGAGAUAUAAUCAAUAUUGGAAUGUAUGAUACUA